CCCCAGCUACGCUCCCAAUUCUGUAUCCUCAGGCUACAGGUUGCAUCCGCAGCUCAGCUCGCAGCACAGUCCCUCGGGUCAAAGGUCGAGCGGCGCGAAGCCACCUGGAACCCAGCGCACUGCAACCCACGUCCCCGAAGCCUUGAGAGGGGGACUUUUGGGGGUCGCCCUGUCACUCUAGACCUGCCCCCAUUGGACCUAGAGAAGCGAGCCGCACGCACAGGGAGCCAUUUAAGGCAAUAAUUACCAAGUAUGGUCUCUUGGACUUUGAAGUUGCCAACCAGGAAUGUUCGUUUCUUGGCUACAUCAUCAGAGAACCAGAGAGUUGAAGAUUUGCAUCGGCACCAGGAGGUCUAUAAAUACUUUUUGCCCAUUCAGACGAGGUGGCAGGACAAUGACCAGUAUGGUCAUGUGAACAAUGUUGUGUACCACAGCUAUUUCGACACCAUUAUCAACCACUACUUGAUCAGGUAUUGUGGCCUGAAAACUGGUUUGCUGACAUCCCCCACGGUGGGGUUCAUGGUGACCAAUCAGUGCACCUUCCACUCACCUGUUGGCUUUCCUCAAAUCCCAGUGGGUGCUUUGGCUGUAGAGAAAGUGGGUUACUCCAGUGUGCAUUACCGCCUUGCUCUGUUUCCACCUAAGCCCACCAAGGAGCUACUGUCAGUAAAUCACCAGGACCUCACAGAGGGCUUUUUCUCUGGCCACUCCAAGCUGACACAGUUUGAUGAUUUAGCCUGUACCACUGGGUCUUCCACCCAUGUCUUUGUGAAUCCAGCCACAAACAAGCCUAUGGGCCUUCCAGAAGAUUUCAAGAGGGGUCUCCUGCGACUGAUGAACCCAGCUUUCGUGUGAAUGGUCUCCACAGGGAACUGCACCUGUCAGAAAAUCAAGUUCAGAUUAUUCUCUAAACAAUCUCCUUUUCAACUUGUAUUUUCACCCUUUCAAUAACUAUCAAUCCCUUCUAUAAUUUUUAACUUGGGACACACACAUGGAAAGGCAUAUGUCCUACCUGGUGAACUUUCUCUCUGGCCCAGGCACUU